GAACAACAAGCGCCGCGGACCACGCUAGCGCAAGCGCUUCCCUGCGGGCGCCGACGCUCGAAAGAACCUCGGCACUUUCGAUGAAGCGCGGACCUUUGUUGCGGUAUGUUGCCGAGGGUACGGGAGAAUCCAUUACGAAUUCUCUAAGGGAGGACACCUAAAGAGUUCAAGUCGGCAAGAGAGACACACAGAAGGACGCCUGAGCAUCUCUAGGAUACGAUGACGUAACCAAUAGGAUUUACCGAAAAUAAAUCUUCGGUUUCUCGCCCCUGUAACCAUUGGCUAGAAGACCAAGUGUGCUAUGAUCCAUGACGUGCUGUUGCCAAGCACUUUGGGAACUGUAGUCCGCCCUCCCAGGCCCCGCCCCUCGAGCGGGCGGCGACUCCGCUUCCGGGCUGGCUUCCUGAGCCGAUGCCUGACGUCAGCGCUCCUGUCACCGCCACGUCGUGGACCUGGUGAUUUCAGAGACUAUGGAUAUACUCUUCAGAAUAAGAGGAGACCUUGAUCUAGCUUUUCAGCUAGCUGCUGCUAAUGAAAUGUUUAUCAAGAAGGCACUAAAACAUGUGUUGAGUGACCUGUCAACCAAGAUUUCUUCAAAUGCACUUGUGUUCAGAAUUUCCCGCAGUCCAGUGUACAUAUGGCCUAACAGUGACAUUAACACUAUUCCAAGAGAACUGAAUGAGAGUACUGCUUGUAAGAACAUACUGCGCUUUAUUCAAUUUGGACAGGAAGAAGAUACAAAACGAAAACUGAUGAGAAAGAAAGACAGAAAGCUACCAGACAUGCAUCAGAUAGUAAAUAUAGAUCUUAUGCUGGAAAUGUCAACCCCACUGGCAGCUGUAACCCCCAUCAUUGAAAGAGAAAGCGGAGGACACCACUAUGUUAAUAUGACUUUACCAGUUGAUGCAGUUUUAUCUGUUGCUCCAGAAGAAACAUGGGGAAAAGUUCGUAAAUUUCUAGUAGAUGCAAUUCAUAAUCAACUAACUGAUAUGGAAAAGUGUAUUUUAAAAUAUAUGAAAGGAACAUCUAUUGUGGUCCCUGAACCACUGCACUUUUUAUUACCAGGGAAGAAAAGUCUCAUAACAAUUUCCUACCCAUCAGGAAUUCCAGAUGAUCAACUGCAGCCCUAUAGAAAGGAGUUGCAUGAUCUCUUCAAUCUGCCUCAUGACAGACCUUAUUUCAAAAGGUCUAAUGCUUAUCAUUUUCCAGAUACGCCAUACAAAGAUGGUUACAUUAGAAAUCCACAUACUUAUCUUAAUCCACCUAACACAGAGUCUGGUGUGACAUAUGUGGUCCAGGGCAUAUAUGGUUAUCAUCACUAUAUGCAGGAUCGAAUAGACGACAAUGGCUGGGGCUGUGCUUACCGAUCUCUGCAGACUAUCUGCUCUUGGUUCAAACAUCAGGGAUACACAGAGAGAUCCAUUCCAACACACAGAGAAAUUCAGCAGGCUCUAGUUGAUGCCAGUGACAAACCAGCAACAUUUGUCGGAUCACGGCAAUGGAUUGGAUCUAUUGAGGUACAGCUGGUACUAAACCAAUUAAUUGGUAUAACUUCAAAAAUACUGUUUGUCAGCCAAGGUUCUGAAAUGGCCUCUCAAGGAAGAGAACUGGCUAAUCAUUUCCAGAAUGAAGGAACUCCAGUAAUGAUUGGGGGAGGAGUUUUGGCCCACACAAUCUUAGGAGUUGCAUGGAAUGAGAUUACAGGGCAGAUAAAAUUUCUGAUUCUAGAUCCACAUUAUACAGGCGCUGAAGAUCUGCAAGUUAUUUUGGAAAAGUUGUAUUUCUGUAGAACUUUGCAAAUGCAGAAAACUCCUUGCUCUGAUAGUGCAUACAAGAAACCAUGAAGCCCAGGCCUGGCCAUCAAGAGAAAACGAUCAACUCUCACUUGCUUCCGGGCAUCUAGGGGACUAUGGGGAGAGUUCUGUCUCUGCCUGAACUUUCCUGUUUGAAGUUCCCAGGCCAGUCACCUCAGAGGAAAGAAGCAUGGCUCUACCAUCUUCUACUAUCAGUUUCCGGUUGGGGCACCCUUUCUACCCAUUUCUUACACAAAAUUUGGGUCUGGUUAACCAGAGAAGGCCUACAUGUGUGGAAGGAUGACAAAAAAGUUCAAAUGGAGGUAGUAUAAGCCAUUUUUAAUAAUAUCUGUUAAGAAAACAGAUUUUAAGACUUCAAAUUUAUUAGGGAAAGUUUUGCUGAAAAAUAAUAGACAAUAAUUAGAAGGUAUUUGAUGUAUGGAAAUAGUUACAAAAGACAAUAAACCAAACUUAAUGGUUUGGUUACCUGGAGAGAAGGGAGAGUAGGGCUGGUAGAGAACUUUUUAAAAUUUUUUAUUUUUUAUCUAGUCUGAAUUUUUACAAUGUAUAUCUUAGUUUUGCAACAGAAAAAGGAAAUUGAAAAAAUAAAAAGUGCAUCUCUACUUAAUCCUUUCUCCUACAUACUAAAAACAAAGAGCUAACAUAUCAUCUUCUAUACAGUCUGAGCCUAAAUGUUUGACUCUGUCCUUGCCAGAACACCCAGUGGCUUUGGAUUUAGUUAAAGUAAAGAUUAAGACCACUACUUGUCACUCAGUGGUAUUUUAAGAACUCUCAACUGCCCUCCUAAGUAUUUUCAAAAAAAGUAUUUUAUUGUGGCAUGAUAGGUCACAUGGACCAGUCAUCAACUGGGUCUUAUUUAAGACAAUAAAUCAGUGGCCCUAGAAAAAAAUUGAUUAACUUUAAUAUUCACAGUGAGAUUUAGUGUGAAAAUAAUUUUCUUUACUGGGGGAAAAGGAUUAAUAAUGACAUGAAAAAUGGAAAUGAGAAUUGGUUGUAGCAUCAGAAGAUGAAAAAGCAUAGAAUGCAACUCACGGGGCAAGCUCAGAUUUCUCACUCUAUGUAUUUUAUCAUAUCUAAAAUAUCAUUGAACAGUAUGUGUUCCAUUCUUUUAUGGAAUACCAAGAAAGGAAAACAGACUGCCAGUUAAACUAUCAUGUUAUCAAUUGCCAGAAUUAUAAAUCUGUACACCUUGGAAUCAAUAAAAUGUAAUAGUCUGAAGUGACAGUUAUUGUAAGAAAGUUUUUCUCUUUUUAUGAUUUCUCUGAUUAAAUAAUUAAAAGUUUAAAAAUCUUUGAAUUAUUUAAGUAUUUGGAGUUUUAUUCCAAGAGCCUGCAACAGAGCCCGAUAUUACAAUUUAGAUCAUGUAAUCCUGUAUUUAAUUACAAUCCUGUAAUUGUAAAAGGUUUUUCUUUCCCUUUUCCCAUAUCUAGGGCUGGUGUGGAUGGAAGGGCCCAGACUUUUGGAACAAGGAUGCUUACUAUAACUUAUGUCUUCCUCAGCGACCAAAGAUUUUUUAAAAUAUAUUGGACUCAAAGACUAUAGUAAAC